AUGGCGCUGCCGCCCAAGUGGUAUCAAUUUCUUGUCUGUGUAUUUGCCUCGCUAGGCUCGGUUCUGUACGGUUAUGAUCUCGGUGUGAUUGCGGAGGCCAUUGCUAGCCCCUCGCUCGUCAAUGCAUUCAAUGUCGAUUCGGUGAAGAGCGGGGCGGUUACGUCCGUGUUCACGGGGGGUGCAUUCUUCGGUGCGAUCUUUGCAGGUCCACUCGGCGAUUAUGCUGGACGUAAACGAACGAUUCUUGUGGGAGCCAUUAUUUUCCUACUCGGAGGUGGUCUUCAAACAGGCGCGCAAUCCAUCAACUACUUGUACGCUGGGCGAGCAAUUGCCGGACUGGGUGUCGGUAUCCUAGUUAUGAUCGUGCCCAUCUACCAGGCCGAAUUGGCGCAUCCCACGAUCCGUGGCCGAAUAACAUCGCUACAACAAUUCAUGCUAGGGGUUGGUUCGUUAGUAGCCGCGUGGAUCUCGUGGGGCACUUACAUCAACUUCGCCGAUGACGAUUCGCGCCAGUGGCGCAUCUCGCUGGGCAUCCAGAUGGUGCCCGCCGUGUUCUUAGCCGCACUCAUCCUGUUAUUCCCCGAGUCGCCGCGUUGGCUAAUCGAUCAUGGACGCCUGGACGAGGGCCUGCAAACGCUCGCACGCCUCCAUGCGCAGGGUGAUAUCAAUGAUACAUGGGUGCAAGCGGAAUUCGAGCAGAUUCGCACCUCGAUCACCCUCGAGCAUGAAGCCGAGGCAAAGUCAUACACUGAGCUUUUUACCGAUCCAUCCUGUUUCCGACGUCUCUUUUUGGCCUGCUCAAUUCAGGCGGCAUGCCAGAUGACCGGUGUCAGUGCGAUCCAAUACUUCAGCACGACCAUCUUCAAGCAAAUCGGCAUCGCCACUAAUGACACCCUGAAAUACCAAGGAAUCAGCUCUAUUCUCGCCAUUAUUGCGCAAUUUUGUUGCCUGAUGCUGAUCGACAAGACUGGUCGCCGUUGGCCCCAGAUUAUCGGCAAUUUAGUCAACUGCGUGUUUUUUGUAAGUGACAAUCAUUCCGACCAUCCUGAUUGCCAAGUUUCCCCCGGAUCCACGCACAACAACGCGGCCAGCUGGGCCUUCAUUGUGAUGACUUGGUGCUACAAUUUCUCCUUUAGCUCUACAAUUGGCCCACUCACUUGGAUCAUUUGUUCCGAGAUUUUCGACACGAAAACGCGCUCCAAGGGUGUCUCGAUUGCGACCAUGACCUCCUUCGCCUUCAACACCCUGAUCGGACAGGUGACCACCGUGGCCAUUGACCGGAUCGGUGGAUGGCGCUUUUAUAUCCUGUUCUGCGUCUGCAACUUUACAAACGCUAUCUUCUUCUGGCUGGUGCUUCCCGAGACUGCUCAACGCCCGCUCGAGGAGAUGAAUGACCUAUUUACACAUGAACCAUGGAUCGUGCCAGGUACACAGACCAAGAAGUUCCGCGAGCGAAGUCGUCUGGGGAAUGGCCUGAUUAUGGUCGAGAAGGAGAAGCGCGAUCACAUUAGCUUGGUGCAUGAGGAGGAGAUGCAGGUGUAA